AUGCCCGACAAGAAAGCUACCGGAGCCAAGCCAGAGGAUACUCCUGCCUUGGUCCUGGAUUGCCAGAGGCGCAUCACGUCCGCCUAUGCAUCUUUGGAGAACCAACAGGACGAGUUUAUCGAAAACUUCCGUCGCAACCCCGAGACGCAGCUUUUCCCCGUCGAUUCCAACCCCGCGGAUGUGGGGGAGCUUAAGGAUGCCAAGAGUGGUCUUGUCGAGGCCAAGGGCCGUGUCAAGUGUGCCAAGGAUGUGUUGGACUACACCAACAAGAUCAAACGCUACAUCCUCACGGCAAAGAUAAAGGGAGGGAAGUGUCACAGUUAA